AGGAGCCGCCUAGUAGGGCCCUUCCUCUGUGGCGCUAGAGAGAGAAGAUGGCUCCCGUUUUGGACAAGCAGCUCCCGACCGACAACGGUGCCGAGGACGAAGAAGGACAGAGUCUCUGGUCUGAAAUACUGAGCGACGUCUCAACUCGUUCUAGUUCAAAGUUGCCAUCAGGAAAAAAUAUACUGGUGUUUGGUGAGGAUGGAUCCGGUAAAACGUCGCUCAUGUCCAAACUCCAAGGAGGCGAUUACAACAAGAAAGGUCGUGGUUUGGAAUAUCUUUAUUUAAACGUCCAUGACGAAGACCGAGACGACCCGACUCGGUGUAAUGUGUGGAUCCUGGAUGGGGAUCUGUACCACAAGGGUCUGCUGAAGUUUGCCGUGACAGCCCAGACACUAGCAAACAGCCUGGCCUUGUUCGUGGUGGACAUGUCCCGGCCCUGGAGCAUCAUGGAGUCUUUGCAGAAGUGGGCAAGUGUCCUGCGAGACCACGUGGACAAGCUGAAGAUAUCGCCUGAGCACAUGAGGGAGCUGGAGCAGAAGAUGAUGAAGGCCUUCCAGGACUACGCGGAGCCAGAGGAUGUUAACCAGGCGUCAUCCCAGAGACGAGCCCAACCAGGGUCCGAUGGAGAGGACGUUGUGCUACCGCUAGGAGAGAACACGCUUACACACAACCUGGGAAUCCCUGUGCUAAUAGUUUGCUCAAAGUGUGAUGCUGUGGCCGUGCUGGAGAAGGAGCACGACUACAGGGAGGAGCACUUUGACUUCCUCCAGUCUCACAUCCGGAGGUUCUGCUUAAACUACGGUGCCGGACUCAUCUACACCUCGGUUAAAGAGGAGAAGAACCUGGACUUGCUCCAUAAAUACAUCCUCCACAAGAUCUACGAAUUCCAGUUCUCCAGCCCCGCCCUGGUGGUGGAGAAGGACGCCGUGUUCAUUCCCGCCGGGUGGGACAACGAGAAGAAGAUCGGGAUUCUGCACGAGAACUUUACGACAGUCCGACCCGAGGAUCCCUUCGACGGCUUCAUCAUUAAGCCUCCGGUUCGAAAGCUAGUCCACGACAAGGAGAUAAACGCUGAAGACGAACAAGUGUUCCUGAUGAAGCAGCAGUCUCUUCUAGCAAAACAACCAGCCACACCGACACGUGGAGCCAAUGAGUCUCCGGGGCGGACGUCGUCCUCUUCCCCCAGGCCUACGGUUCGGUCUGGGCAGCCCAGCAGCAAUAGUGGAUCCCCCAUGACUAACGUUAAAAAGCCAGAUCCAAACAUGAAGGUAGGGGCCGCUGCCAACGAAGGAGUGCUGGCUAACUUCUUCAACAGCCUGCUGAGUAAAAAGACGGGGUCCCCAGGAAGCCCCGGUGGGGGGGCCCCAGCCGCCGGGGCAGGAGUUCAGGGCUCUGCCAAAAAAACAGGGCAGAAGCCGGGUUUGACUGACGUGCAGGCGGAACUGGACAGGAUGACCCGCAAGCCAGAGACCGUGGUUACCGUCAACAACGUCCCACCUCCCACGGAGAACCAGGCGUGAAGGCACACUUGCGCAGCCGCUGCAAUUUCCCUCUGCAUUUAUUCUCAUAUACACCAUAGCAUAAACACAAACUGCUGCACACCACUAAAUGCCCCCCCCCCCCCCCCCCCCCAAGUCACAACAUGCUGCUCUCACCAAGAGGAUCUUCAGCUGCUGUUAUCCUGGGUGACGGUAGAGAGAGAUGUUUACAGAGAUGGAGAGAGAGGCAGAGAUAUGGAAAGAGAAAUACAGAGAUGCUGAGGUGAAAAGAAGGUCUAGGGAGAAAGAGAAUGGCUAGGUUGAAAGAGAUUGAGACAUUCUUGGCAUAGAGUGAUGGUUUCAAGUAUUUUCGUGACUAACUGACGAGUGAUGAAGUGAUGCACAGGGUACCGUCAGCUGCGACACCACCGCCUCCCCCAAACCUGGUUGCAACCCCCUUUACCUGGGCCUCUACCCCUUCCCCCUGCUCGCUUAAAGCCUGAAACCAACAGCUUCCUUGUUCUAGGGUCGCAUCUAGGAAGGAACUUCAAUGAGUUGUAAUUUGAAAGAUAUUAAAACUUGAAAUAUAUUCUCCUAGAAAAAUUAUUACAAGUAAUUCCCAGGCGUAUAUAGUGGGGGAUAUAUUAAAUAUACUGAUUGUAUUUAUACAAAGGUUCCAUAUUUUAUUGUAUUCCACACUAAGGGUUCAGGAAUCACAUAGGUCCAUCGUAGCACGUGGACUACACUACUAAGGAGAAGAAGUGAUUGCACGCUAUAGAAGUGAUGGCAAAUGUCUCCACCCAACAUGUAGGAUCUGUAAAUUACAUGACAACCCUGUUCUCAAACGUUGGCUUGACUUUGUAUAAAAUGCAACUCUUGAUCCAAAUGAUGAAGAUGAGGUCUUUUUGACGACACAAGACUGUUAAAAUAGCAACUGCAGCGCUUAUCUUGGCUACAGGCGAGCAAGCGUAUGUUUGACUUAGUCUGUGUUUUGAAUGUGUGUGAGUGUAUUUGUGAGUUGGGGCAGUAUCUUUUCUUAAAGAGACCUCCUAAGUGCCUGGCACACUGAGCAGGUUGUGUCCUCGUACAGGGUAUGCACUGUAGCACCAGUGGCUUAUGAAUUUCCCUCUUUCUUUAUUUUUAUUUUCUCCAUUUCUCGUCCAACUAAUUUAUUUGAUUAUUUUGCAUUAACUUUAUGUAUGCGGUAAUAAGCCUGUGGUCUCUGACCAAUAGAAAAAGGUUCAAGUGUACAUUGCUUGGUUCAAGUAGGUGAUGCAGCAAUAUUUGCCUUUAUUAUAAACUAACGAUUGUGGUCUUGACUGUAAGGUUAUCAGGCUGCUAUUGGUCUGGCUUAGACUACGAGCUGUAGUGCAUCUUGUUCCCCUUGAUUUUCAUUUAUUGUGGUUUUUAUACCACUUACUUUGUGGCAAAAGCAAAGUGAAAUUGACUUAGUAUAGUUGAGCAAAGCUCUUGCCCAUGAAAUGUCUGCCGGAUGGUGUGUGAAGUGUCCAAACUAUCCUUUAAACAUUCCCUUUCUCUACAGGAUGAACAGCUUCUUUCAUAUGGGAAUCCUGUUAAGCAUUUAUGGGUUAUUUUAUUGUCUUUGCUUCUCUAGUGCCCCCCUUAUUUUGUCAUUUUUUGCCAAAAUUGUACCUUUAUUGCUCCAGGCUUCUUGAGUAAGCAGUUAACCAGCCUUUUGUUUCCUGUACUCUGCGCUCCAAACCUGAGUCCUGGUUUAGAAGCUCGACAAAAUGAAUAAACCGGCAACUUGUGCCUCGGCUGAUUAGGCCUUUAAAGUCCUUUUUAAAUGGUUGCUUAUUAGUUAUUUCAUAUAAAUCAAUGUGUAUGUAAUCAGUAUUUACCUGUAAAAUAUCAAUUAUCUGUAAUAUUGCAAUACCAAUUGAAUUUUUUUCAAUUGCCAGUGCAAGGCCCGACUCGUGAUAUUACUAGGCCUGGGGGAGGGGAAAUAACUUACUUUCCAUUCAGAACUGAAGAAUAAACUGGAAAACGAGUUGACUGAGAAACACAUGACUUUCUUCAUCCCAACAUGAUCAUCACAGCAGACAUUUUUAUUUUCCACGUUAAGAAACCAUUCCGAACAGUUCCUGUUGAAACACUUGAUUUAACCCGUUUUGUGUUUCAACAGGUUAUAUGUUCAAGUAGAACUGAUUUAAAUGAUAUGCUUUCUUAUCUGUGUUUACGAUUUAAAGGAAAAAUGGGUAUGGGUCUUGUGUACCUGGUUUUGGUUUUUGUUUAUUUUGCAGUUCAAGGGAAUAACCACAAGAUCUUGUUGGUCAACCACAUAAUGCUAUAAUCAGCAUCAAUUGUUUUCACGUCCAAUUUCUUCAUGGAUAACUCCACGAAGGGGUUUAAAAGCACAUAAUGGUUGUAUUUGAUUGUUAUCAGCCUGAAUAUGCACGUUAGCCCUCCUGCUUUGCCUCUAAAUAUACUAUACUAACAUCAAUCCAAUCAGUAGAUUGUCUUUGCAACAAACUAAAUAUUCUACAUUAACUGUUUAAAAUAUUGUAAUAUAGCCUUAGUUAACUUAUCCAUAAUGACUGCACAGGCAACAGGGAAUGGUGAAUAAUUUGUAUAAAUAUUUUUUUGGUUUUAAUCAGGAAAGUACAUUACUCCAGCUGUGUUUGACUACAUAUUUUUCAGCAUUUGUUUUUUUGGAAAAGUACUAUAUAAACCAAACCCCAUAUGUUAACCAAGUCCUUAAGGAGUUUGAAUUUUUUUGUUUUUGGCCGAUUUUUAUCCCCCUGAUACCAUAAUGAACCAAACUUUUCAACAUGCCUUAACCAUUAUCGAGUUCUACGGUUAGGGAGAAAUUGGACGUUUUGACCUUUUGAGUGAUCCGAGGAAUGGGUUUCCAAGCUGCUUGCGAACCUGCUUGAUUUCACAUGAUGUUUGUGUGAAAUAAAAUUGCUAUUCUGCAUCUUAAUUGCAGCAACGUGACCUUAACUGUUGAUUGCAGCGUACACCCUCUGGAGGUGUGUGUGUGUGUGUGUCGUUUUUAUUUUAGCGUUGAGUAGCAGCUAUGUGAAACCUCUAGCUUCAUGUGCCGACCAGGAUAAAGAACCUGUCUGUCUGCCCCCGCUUUAAUAAAAAACAAUACCUGAAAUCCCUUGCUUUGCUUCUGACUCUU